CCCCUUCCUCUUCACCAGCAACAAACAAAAACCCACGCUCAAUUUGCUCACUCCGACAACUCCAAGAGCCAAACAUGUUUAUGAACAAACAACAAUCCUAACAAUUCUCUACCCUCUUCCUUCCCAAUUCUCUUCAUCUUCAAUUCCUCCCACAACCUUAGCCUCCCAUCCCAUCCACACUUGAGCAUCCAAUUCUGAUAUUCCAAAAAAAAAAAAAAUUUCAUUCUUCUGAUUCUUUGGCUUUGAUUAGUUCUUGGGAGCUGAACUCUGCGAUCUGGGUCUUGUUCAAAUUCUGGUUUUGGGUGCUAUGGCGCUUGAGUCUUCAAUUCUAAGCCCGCCCAGAUUCAUUUCUGGUUCGAAAUCAUUGGGUUUCUUGUAUUACCAUAAGCAGAAGUGAGCCAUAUGUUACUGAAGAGGAGUGAAAACUGAUGUUGUGAGGGCCAGAGUUAAGUGGGGCAAUAGAGGAGGAAGAACAGGAUAUGAUUGAAAAUGUGUUGGAGAUUAAAGAUACGCAUGUUAGAGAGGUGAUGACACCUCUUGUAGAUGUAGUUGCAAUUGAUGCCAGUGCAACGCUGAUUGAUUUUCACGACUUGUGGGUGACUCAUCAAUAUUCAAGGGUGCCGGUUUUUGAGCAGCGUGUUGAUAACAUAGUAGGCAUUGCAUAUGCAAUGGAUCUCCUGGAUUAUGUUCAGAAGAUUCAAUGUCAGUCUGGAAUCCUCUUAGAGAAUUCCGCAUUCGGAAGGUUCACAUGGCUGUGGUUCUCAAUGAAUAUGGUGGAACUGUAG